AUGCAUGCUGAAAAAACCUUUCGUCGUCAUUUUGUGAAGUAUUCAACAUUGGAACGUGCCAUGAAUAUGUGGAUAAACCAGGUCACAGCUGAAGGAAUGAUUAUAUCAGAUUCAAUAAUAAAAGAAAAAGGUCGUCAAUUUGUACAAGCUUUCAUGAUACUAGAUAAAUCAAUUACAUUUUCAAAUGGAUGGGCUACUAAAUUUAAGCAGCAUAAUGAAUUAAAAAAAAUUAUAAUGCAUGGUGAAGCAGCAAGUGCACCAUUAGAAAACUUAUCUGAAGAACAGAAAAAAUUACAACUUCCCUCUAAUUAUGAUUCAGAAGAUAUAUAUAAUGCUGAUGAAACAAGUUUAUUCUAUCGAUUACUUCUGAAUCAAACACUUUCUACAAAAUCAAUGGCUAGAAAAAAAAGAAAAAAGUAA